AUGCUCGGCACGCUUUGUCGCAGCGGCCUGGGCCUCCCCAGACAAGCUCUGCUGCGAAGUCGCGUGCCCUCUCGGCAUGACGUCUUCGUUCGGCGCAUCCAGAACUCGGGGCCAUUCCAGCCUCUUCGGCCGCCGUCUCCUGCAUCCUUGGGGGCUCCGCGGGCGGCCAAGCAGUACAAAGGGAGCCGGAAAUGGGGACGCCGACUUCUCAUCACGGCCGCGGUUGGCGGUACCAUCUAUGUCGUAGACCGAAAUGUCUACGCCUCCAGCAUUGGGCGAUCGCUUCGAACGUUUGGCACCGCGCUGGUCGCUGCCCUCGACUACAAGAUCAAUUUCCGACCGGAGCCGUGGGUUGGGGGAACCGUGCCUGAUCUCCAUAUGCGCAACGCGGAACGACUCUUUCACCUGCUGCGACAAAACGGCGGGCUGUACCUCAAGAUCGGCCAAGCCAUUGCUAUGCAGAGCGCGGUGCUGCCGCCCGAAUUCCAAAAGAUGUUUGGUAGAAUGUUUGACGAUGCGCCACAGGACGAUUGGAAAGCCGUAGAGGCGGUUAUCCGACAAGACUUUGGCAAGAGUGUCGAGGAAGUCUUCGGUGUCAGCUUCACCGGAAAAGAGGGCUACGGAGUCAUGGAGAGGAAAGCUCGCGCGAGCGCAAGUGUCGCCCAAGUUCACUGGGCAAGGCUCCCUGAUGGUAGAGAGGUUGCAAUCAAGAUCCAGAAGCCUGAAAUCGCUCUUCAGAUUUCAUGGGAUCUAUGGACUUUCAAGACCGUUACCUGGAUCUUUUCAAGAUGGUUUGACCUACCCCUCUACACCUUGGUACCCUUCAUCUCCGAGCGCCUAGAGCUGGAGACCGACUUCUUGUGCGAGGCAAGAAAUUCAGAAACGAUGCGGGAGCUGGUUAAUUCGGAGAGCCGCCUGAAAGGGCGUGUCUACAUCCCCACGGUGUAUCCCGACCUCACCACGAAGCGAGUCUUGACAACGGAAUGGAUAGAGGGCAUUAGGCUGUGGGACAAGAAAGCCAUGACGUCGAGAUGGCUGGGCGGAUACGGAAAAGGCAGCCCAGGAGCGGGCACUCCCUUGCCGUCGCUUGAUAUGGACCUUGUCCGCCAUGAGCUUCGUACAAAGCCCUACCAGGAAAAGAUCAAGCCGGAGCGCCAGGAGUGGAAGGGUGUUCGUGGAAGAGGAGGCCUUGGCCUGACCACCAAAGAAGUCAUGACCACCAUGGUAGACCUCUUCUCUGCCCAAAUCUUCAAAUGGGGCGUCGUCCACUGCGACCCUCAUCCGGGAAACAUCUUCAUCCGACGUCUCCCCAGCGGCCGCUCGGAGCUGGUUUUGAUCGACCACGGCCUCUAUGUGUACAUGUCGCCCAAGUUCCGCCAUCAGUACGGUAGGUUCUGGAAAGCCCUCAUGACGUUUGAUAACCAGACCGUUGUCGAUGUCACAGAACAGUGGGGUAUCAAGGCAGCAGACAUGUUUGCGAGUGCGACACUGAUGAAGCCGUACGAGGGCGGCGAGUCCACCAUGCAGAACGACAUCAAGGCGAUGGAAGGUCUCAGCCCGGCGGAGCGACACUACUAUAUGCAGCAGAAGAUGAAGCAGGGUAUCCGCGACAUUCUUGCUGACGAGGACAAGUGGCCCAAGGAGCUCAUCUUCAUAGGCCGCAACAUGCGCAUCGUCCAGGGCAACAAUCAAUACUUGGGCUCGCCCGUCAACCGCAUCAAGAUGAUGGGCGAAUGGGCAAGCCGCAGCCUCUACGAGGACCCAAACCUCCCCUGGAUGCAGCGCCUGGACAAUGCAUGGCGGCACAUCAUAUUCAAGUCUGUCAUGGCGCUGACAGACGUUGCCUUUUACUUUUUCAAGCUGCGACAGCUCCUUGGUCUGGGCGGCGGGAUGGAAGAUGAGAUGGAGCGUCGUAUGAAGAAUAUGGCGCACGAGUACGGCAUCGAGCUGCAGCACGAGGUAUUCGAAGGCUGA